CACAACACACAAAAAUAAUGUCAGAAAAUCAAAAUUCGAUAAAUUCGAACGAAUUAGAGGCAAACAUGGGCGAAAUUCCGGCAGAUAAUACGCGAAAAAGUGCGGAGCAAGGCGACUCGAAUCUCACAACAACCACAAAUAAUCAAAAUAUCCUCGUAAACGGGAAUGCUGAUCCAACGACACAAACUCUCGAUGGCGUCUUUCGAACACGCGAAGAGAAUCCCUUUUCGUUCAAACAUUUCCUCAAACGAGACAACAACAAUCCAGGCGCUUCAGCUGCUGCUGCUGCUUCAACAACGACGACUUCGACGACAAAUUCCACGACGACGACGAACAACAUCUGCCAUAGUCGAAGUAGUACGUCGAUUCUGAAUGGAGACACCUUAACUCCCUCGAAAUCUGCCACUACGUCUUCGCUAAAUCAGAAUCAACAUACAGGCGCGCGACCAAAGAUCCCGCAAUUUCAGUCGGUGCAUGCUCUGGGGACAGGAGGCGAGUCGAAAAUGAAGCGUUCGCCGCGAUUUCCAUCAUUUGACUCGCAAUCAAGUCUUUCGGAGUUGUCAGAUGAGCGUUCCAGCAUGUUUCAUAGUCGAAGUAACAGCUCUUUUAAUUCAGAUUAUCCGGUUCAGAGAUCAUUUUCGAAUUACGACAUCGAGAGCCCGACAACGGAAAGUCCGAAAUACGACAGAAAAGUGAAUAGUAUUCAACAAAAUGCGUCGCCAAGUCAUCCGCAUCACAAUUAUACAGGACGAGGAAGUUCCUCCGAAGCAAAUCGAUCAACGGCAAAUCGACACAUGGGUACGUCGGAGUUUUCCGCUGCCUUGCCCGACUUUGUGCAAGAUCAUCUCGUCAUGGAACAAUGGUAUCAUGGCUUAAGUAACAGUCCCAAAAGUCAUUCGCCCGUUUCUGUGGAUUUUGAACAUUUGCCCGAUUUCACGAUAAAUAAUUUGGCGGAUGGGCAAAAUGUUUCCUCGAAUCGCAGUAACAUCGCCUACGUCGAUCUGAGUAAUAAUUUGCCUCUCGAUCUGAAUUCGAGUCCCAAUCAUUCGAAUAAUCGAUCACGUUCAGCGAGAAAUCCUUCGCCAAUUAUCCCGUUAGACUUGCCACGACAAAAUAACGACGUGCGAAGGGAACAACCGCCGCCAGAUUUGCCUCCGGACAUCACAGAAGGACAACGAGGCGCUUUCGGAUACGGAAGUCAUUCCGACAUGAACCGCGAUCAGUCAACCGAUAAAAUCCAAACACUCCCGGAUUUCUUGUCAGAUGGUCCCAUUCACUCUUCCGGGCGAUUAGCUGACGUUACGCAAGAUACGCCGCACUUUAAUUCCCCCGAUGAUCCGCUAACGGCGACAAUUUCGCGUCUUCAAGCCGACAACGAUCGACUGAGAAACGAAUUAGACGAUUGUCGGCAAAUUAUUGUCAAUCAAACGUGUCGCAUAAGUGAGCUCGAACAUUUGCUGAUCGAAGAGCAACGAGCAAGACAAGCGGAAAGUAACUCGCAGGCGAGUUCGUCAACAGAAAGUAGUAAUAGUAGUUUAGUUGCCAAGCUGAAGCAGCAAAUUAAGCAAAUGAGCGGGGAGAUGCAGGCGUUGAGGAGGGAAAAUGAAGCGUUGAAACGUGAAGAAGGCGCUGUGGGAGGCGCAGGUUUCCAGAGGCAAAGAGGAAUCUCACGAUCGAGUCAAUUGUCGCGAGAAUUGAGACUCGCAGCAACCACCGCAGAAAGUAAUUUAAGACAAUUAUUAUCCGGUGUGGAAAACUUACGACUUAUGGCAGCUAAUAUAGAGACGAUGGACCACCUUUCCGACACAGUAGAUGACUUCCUCUCCGAUCAAGAUGACGACGACGAUCGCUUUAAAGGUCCCGCUCUAUAAAAACUUAUUUAACUUUAUUUUCUCAUUUUGGUAAAAAGUGACUCAAAACAAACAAAAAAAGACAAUGUUAGAUUUACUGUGCAAUAUAUAGAAAAUUAAUAAGAAAACUCUCAUCAAUGAAUGGUAUUAAAAAAAUGAAGCUAAUGCAAAUACAGCGAGAGACUGAACCGAUAUUUUUUGAUGUCAUAAAAUUCGACUUUAAUAUUUAUGUAAAAAGUAACAAAAAAAUAUCAGCUUUUACACGGAUAACAGUUGAAAUAAUUCCUAUCACAAAAAAAGUGUUUAAAAUAUAUGGAAAAAAAUGCUUGCUAGAUACACAUAAAAUUACUAAUUAUUAUAAAAAAAUGUAUUAGAUUACACACGUCCUCUUAGCACUCGUCUGCUAAUAUUAGAUAGCUUUGAUA